AUGAAUCCAUUUAACCCAUCAAAACAUUUUAACUCUAAGUUGUAUGACAGUAUCAGUAAGAUAAAUAAAUCAUCUGAUAAAAAAGUGGUAGAAGGAUUAAAUGAACUGAUUAACAUGGAAGACGAUGAGGAAAUAUUUGACUGUGUAAUGAUUAAAGAUGCAUUGCUUAAACAUUUUAGGUCAACAAACAUUCACGUCAGAAGAUUAUGUUCAGAUCUUUUAUUGAAAAUUAUCAAACAUAAAGAUGAUAAUUUAGAAAAUGUAUUGGCUGUCUGGUUUUUAAAAUUUGUAGAGGAUCAAACAUACAACUCUGAUGUUAUUAUUUGCAAGGAACAUUUUAAUUUUAAUAAAAUUAUUCCAAGCAUUUUAAAUAUAUUGGAUUGGGAAAAUAAUUUGACAAUUAGUUUAAAAAUAUUUAUUAUGGCACUAAAAAGAAAUAAAGAUAACAAACUUAAUGAAUAUCAUAAAUACUUUCUGACUAAGUUAGAUUAUUUGCAGUAUAAUUCUAAUGUGAUUCUCAAGUAUAUUUACAUUGUUUUAGAAUACAUAGGGCCGAUAGAAGAUGUUUAUAAAAAAAUUGAUCAAAUUAUCACACCUGUUUUAAUACAAACAAAGUCAAUAAUUUUGCUUAAAAUUUACAAAAAACUGUCGAAGUGCAUAAAUAGAGAUAUUGAAUUUUUAGAAAAUUCAAUUUUAGAAGAGGUUCUAGAAAAAUGCCAGGCAGACAAAAUUCAAUUUGACUUUGAUAAAUUAAAGCCAAAAAAUAUAGAAAGUUUUAAAAUACUUCUGAGAUUCUGUCCUUGUAAAUUGACUUUUUUUAAGCUUAAUUAUAAAAGAUUAAAUUUUGAUAAUCUCUGUGUAUAUAAUAUUGUAGACGAUUUUAAAGAUAUUGAUAACAAUUUUAGUGAAUCAAAGCAUAUUCUUGAAAAUGUCAUUCAAAGUCACAAUUUAACUAAUGAUGAAUUUAAAGAUUUAGAAGAAUACAUUAAUAAUUUUAAAAUUUUUAAAGGCAUUAAUAAGUCUAGUCAUUCUACUUUAAUAACAGUUUGUGAUUGUAAAAAGUCCUCUUUGUUUAUUUAUAAAAAUUUAGUUGAUACAAUUAUUGAUUUAAAUGAUAUUGAUAAAAUUGAGAGGGCUUAUCAACUUAAUUUAGUUUUAAACAGACAAUUUUUCAAAAAAGAAACAAUUUUAAAUUUGAAAUUGUCUCCCUAUGUAUUUGAUAAAGAAGAUUUGCAAGAUAUUGAAUUUUUACCUUUAUUAAUUAAAAAGUAUCCUGAUGAUUAUACAGAUAAAGAUUUAAAAAAAGUUCUAACAGUAGACAACUUUACAGAUUUUUUGAAAAUCAAAAAAUUUACACAAGCAGUUAAAAAGUGGCUUUUAAAACAAAAUGUUAAAAAUUUAACAAUAGAAUCAUACAGAAAUAUUGCAUUGCAAGACUAUGAUCUUUUAUUCUAUUAUUAUGGAAUGAUUGAUUUUAUAAGAUAUAUUAAUUACAAUGAAUUAUGUAACUUAUAUUUAGAUUGUAUUUAUAAUAUUGUAGAAAUGGAUAUUUUUGAUUUAAAUGAAUUUAGUAAUGAAAUUAUCAAAACUCUUGGAACAUACCAAAUUUUAAUAACUGUUGAAUAUAAUGAUUUAUAUUAUUGUGAUAUUCCUCAUUUUUACAAGGAUAUACAAUUAAUUAGACCUAAAAAUACAAAAAUAAGAUUUAUUAGAGAUUUUUAUAAACAAUAUAUGAAAUCUGAUGUUGACAAAUUGAUAUAUUUGGUCUGUAACGCCAUUUUAAAUGAAUCCAGUAGUACAGUUUAUAUAAAAGAAGUCAAACAUAUUGACUUAAAAGAGAACAAUUAUUUUUUGUAUAAAGUCUAUAAAGACUUAAAUGUUAAUUACAAAGAACCUUUUAAUAGAAAUAAUAAGCUUAUUGAUCUUUUAGAAGAAGAGAUAGACAUUGUAUAUAUUUCAAAUUCUCAUGAAAACGAUAAAAAUAAAUCUUUUAAUGAUGAUUUGUCGAUCGAUAGUUUAAAACUUUCUAAUGACCACACAUUAUUAAAUAUGAAAGAAAACAACAUUUGCGCAUCUGAUAGUAGUCAAAUGUCUAAAGUUAUUCAAUCUAUUUAUGAAGUAACACUUAAUAAUCCUAAAGUUAUCGAUCAGAAAAUAUUAAGAGGGAAAAAACUAGCUGUAAAAGACACUUCAGUUUUAUCCGAUAAAGCGCUAGUAAUGUUUAUUGAGAAUUUAAAAAACAAUUUUGAUGUUUACGCAUGUUUAGAUUAUAUUGAAAAUGAUAUUCCACUUUUAACAUCUUCUGAUCGUUUAAAAUGUUUUUUACCUUUAUUUGAUCUUAUAACAAAUCAUUUUGCUAAUACAAUUAUUAACAACUUUAGUAUUUCUCAGGUUGACGAAGUAAUUUCCGAUGAUGAAUUGUAUAAUUUUCUGAUAUCUUGUAUACCUAAAAGAAUGGAUUUAUAUAAAAUUUUAUUACCAGAUACUUUAAUGAAGAUUAGAAACUUGAAUAUACAAUUUUUUUUCGGUAAAAUAUUGGCGAAACGGCACGCAUUAGAUUUUAAUACACUUUUUGUUGAAUCAUCAAUUUCUUAUAGAAAGAAGUGGAUUUUUCUCUUUCCGAAUUUAUUUAUAAAGUAUAAUAAAUUAAAUAAAAAAAAAUCUACAAAAAAUGUACAAGUUAAUAUAUCAGAUUUAUUGAUUGCUGAAACAAAAAAAUUUAUUAAAGAUGUAGAAUGUAAAGUUAUAAAAAAAAGCAGCGGAUUACAAAUUAUUAUAAAUUAUUUAUUGGAUAAUAAUAAUUUUCAGUGUGAAAUUUUUUAUCCUACGGCAUAUCCAUUACAAAGUCCUAUAUUUCUUACUAAUGUAGAAAAAAAAAGUUUAUUGAAUCUUAAAAUAUCAGAAAUGUUAAAUCGCACUUCUAAGUUUAUGGAAGUAAUAAGUUUAUGGAAGGUAAACGUUGAUCAAAAGGUUUUAGGAGGCAAAGAAUGUUAUAUCUGCUAUUUUAUUUUACACUUACAAGACGGAUCUUUUCCAAAUUAUGUUUGUUUACACUGUGAGAAUAAAUAUCAUACAAAGUGUGUUAAAAAAUGGAUUGAAGAAUAUAGAAAAACGAACUGUCCUUUAUGUAGAAAAAUACUGCCACUUUAUUAA